AACAAACAACGAGCACCACGAGACAGCACCCGUCCGUAUCCUCUCCCCAUCACCGGACGCUAUACAUAUAUACAAUAUCGAUACCAAUCCUCGCCGGCAUCAUGUCCUCGCUCGAGGCCAAGAUAGUCGUGCUCGGCUCCCAGGGUGUCGGGAAGACGUCCCUCGUCUCGCGUUAUUGCAAGGGCACUUUCAAUCCCGCCGAGACGCUCUCCACAGUAGGCGCAAGCUUCAUGACGAAGCGCGUCGUCGACAGCGACACCGACACUGUCGUGCGGUUACAGAUAUGGGACACAGCUGGCCAAGAACGAUUCCGCUCGAUAUCACGACUCUACUACCGCGGCGCCAACGCCUGCAUUCUCUGCUACAGCAUUACAGACGCACACUCCUUCGCCGAAAUGGGCAUCUGGCUGACCGAGCUGCGCCGCAAUCUACCGCCCGACAUCGUGCUCCACGUCGUCGGUACGAAAGCAGACAUCGUCGCCCGCGACCCGUCUCGCCGCGAGGUGCCUUUCGAGCGCUGCAUAGCAUACGUCGCAGAGAACCUCGCUCCAGGCCUCGGCUCGACGCCGCCUCCCACCGCCACGCCCGGCGGCCUCACGGGUGUCUCGCUGCCCCCGAGCAGCAGCACCCAGUCACAUAUCACAUCCCCCGGGACCUCAGGCUCGAUGAUCGCGACGCCCUUCGGGGGGCCCGCGCCGUCUAGCGCGCCGGAACCCCGCAGCCCGAGUAGUAAACGAAGUAGCGGUUUUUGGGGGCAGGAAGUCGGCUGGGACGCGUGCCACGAGAUCAGCGCCGAGAGCGGCGAGGGCGUCGAGGAGGUCUUCCGCGUGGUCACCCGCAAGCUCGUCGAGCAGAACCGUAAGAUCCAGCAGGCCAUCCUGGCGGCUACGUCGACGCCCGGCGGGCUCAGCACACCCGGCGGGAUCGAGCACGGCGUCGAGGGAUACUUUGACGGCGUCAACCCGAGGGGUGGCAGUUUCCGCGUCGGCAGGGAUAGGAGGAGCUGGUUGUUUUCCCCGGGCUUUUCCCCCGCCGUGACGAUUGAGAAUGCGGGGGUUCAAGGGAAUGGCGGCGCGAAUGCGCAGAUGAGUCGCGAUGCGGGUGAGAGGGAUAAGAGGGCGAGGAGAUGUUGCUGAGUUAUUAUUGCUCGCUAUUCGACUAUGG